GCACACAGUCCAAAAUCUGGCACAUGCAACGACCUGCUACGUGGAUAUGAUGCUGUAGCUGUUCUUCACAGAACCGGCUGGCUGCUGGCGUGGCCUUCAAAGGUCAGAGAGUGAUGCUCCUGGUGGUUUUGCUGUGAUCUCGGUGGCUGCAGUUUCUACAAAACAAAGGACAACAGACAGACAGAAAGCAGUCAAGUCACAAUAAAAUGACGACACUUUCACCCACUCACAGCGACAGCAGCUGCUCCUCCAAACAUGACGUUAACCAGGAUAGCUGGGAGAUUGUGGAGGGGCUCAGGGGGGUUCCUGCCAGCAUGCAGGAGCCUGACGGUCAGAAGGGUUUCCUGCUGAAGAGGAGGAAGUGGCCCAUGAAGGGUUGGCAUAAGAGAUACUUCGUCUUGGAGAAAGGCAUCUUGAAGUAUGCAAAGCGUUCAACUGAUCUGCAAAAGGGAAAGCUGCAUGGCUGCAUAGAUGUUGGGCUCUCUGUGAUGUCAAUCAAGAAGAAAGCCAUGUGUAUUGACCUGGACACAGAGGACAACAUUUAUCACCUAAAGGUGAAGCCCCCAGAGCUGUUUGAAGAGUGGGUGUCAAAGCUGCGUCACCACCGUAUGUUUCGGCAAAACGAAAUUGCCACGUAUCCCCACGAGAGGCAACUCUUCCACCCCCACGCCACGUCCUCGCCUUCUCUAAACGACUCUCUUAGAAAAAGAGCCACUCUCACUAAGCAGUCAUCAGUUCACCAGUCUAAGGUCAGCUCCUGGCUCCAUUCUUCUGAGGAGAUGAACAAAUGUGGCAAAGAGCUGGAAGAAUGCGAGUCUUAUCUGCUGGAGCUCAACUUGCUGCUGAAGAGUAUGGAAGUCUUGCACCGCACAUACUCGGCCCCGGCCAUCACUACUCUACAAGCAUCCACUUUUGAAAUUCCCAAAAAGGAAAAAAGGCCAAAGAGAUGGAGAUCCAAACACAAUGGCAAAGAAUCCAAAGCCACCCUACAAGUUCCAAGUUGUAUCUCUACGCAGUCUCCUCGUCUUCAUGCGUCCAAUCCCAACCUCUCCACCACAGAACCAGGUACACAGGAACCCUGCCCUCAGUCCCCAGAUUCCCCUACAGAAGCAUCACUCCUACAGCAGGACUUCUGCCGACUGGCCGACAACAUCCAUGCUACUCUGAAAUCAGCGUUUAGUACUCUGUUAGCAGAGAAAGACAGACUGAAGUUCACCAUCGACCUGCAGGCCCCCCAGCCACCUCAGAUCAUUGGUUUGAAGACUAGCUUUGCCUCAGAAUGCUCAGCUCCAUCCCUGGUCCACCAAGUUUCCAGUGAGAGCAGAGCCUCUAUUCCAGACUCGAUAUCAGAGUUCUUUGAUGCCCAGGAGUACCUGCUCUCCUCGUCUUCAUCUGAGAAUGAGGCGUCUGACGAUGACUCGUAUAGCAGUGAUGUCAGCGACACCGUCUCCAUGGAUACCAUCGAUGGAGGCAUCAGCAGCGUGGUGACCCUCACUCACCGACGCUCCGUGCUGCCGUGCCCCUGCCCGUCCAACAACGUGAGCCUGUGGAACAUCCUCAGAAACAACAUCGGCAAAGACCUGUCUAAGGUGGCCAUGCCUGUGCAGCUCAACGAGCCGCUCAACACCCUGCAGAGGCUGUGCGAGGAGCUGGAGUACAGCGACCUCCUGGACGCCGCAAACCAGACGCAAGAUCCGUACCAACGCAUGGUGUAUGUUGCAACGUUUGCGAUAUCUGCCUACGCUUCUACCUACUGCCGAGCAGGGAGCAAACCCUUCAACCCCGUCCUGGGAGAGACGUACGAGUGUGCCAGACUUGAUAAGGGAUUCAGGUUUAUAGCCGAGCAGGUGAGUCAUCACCCACCUGUGUCGGCGUGUCACGCGGAUUCAAAGAACUUUUGCUUUAAGCAAGAUGUGCGGUGGAAAAAUAAGUUCUGGGGUAAAUCCAUGGAAAUCGUUCCCAUGGGAACCACACAUGUCACUCUACCUGCAUUCGGGGACCACUAUGAGUGGAACAAAGUGACGUCCUGCAUCCAUAACAUCCUCAGUGGCCAGCGCUGGAUUGAACACUACGGGGAGAUGGCCAUUAAAAACAUUAACAGUGAUGUUUGCCAGUGUAAAGUGACAUUUGUUAAGGCAAAAUCCUGGAGCUCGACAAUAAACGAAAUAGAAGGUGUGGUUACAGAUUCAAAUGGAAAAGUGGUACACUCCAUUUUUGGGAAAUGGCAUGAAUCUGUGUUUCAAGGAGACCCACCCUCUGCUACGUGUAUCUGGCGAACGAAUCCAAUGCCGGAUGAGCAGGACCAGUACUAUGGUUUCACCCAGUUUGCAGUGGAGUUGAACGAACUGGACUCGACUUUAAGACCCCUGCUGCCCCCCACAGACACGCGCUUCAGACCAGACCAGAGGCUGCUGGAGGAGGGAAACGUGGACGGAGCUGAGGAGCAGAAACAGAGGAUAGAGCAGCUCCAGAGGGACAGGAGAAAAGUGCUGCACGACAACCACAUGACCCAUCAGCCGUGGUUUUUCAAGAAAUCCAAGGACGACACGUGGGUGAGCAACAACACUUACUGGGAACUGCGCAAAGAGCCCGGCUUCAGCAAAAUGGACUUUCCUGUGUUGUGGUGACCCCUGGGUCCAUACCAUUCACUAACUUAUAAAAGGAGAAGUGUCUAAAACUGAACU